AAAACAUUCGUCUCAAAAUGGCGUCUCUGAGCAGAGUGUGGAGAAUUGGAAGUAAAGUUUUAACGGGAAGUUCAUCCCUUGUCCGUCCAAAUUUGAGGUCAAUUCCUUGCCGAGUUUACAGUUCUACUACGAAAAAAGUUGAACAGUCAGAAUUUGUAAUCGGAAAACAGACAGAAAUCGACCCUGCGAGGGUAGAAGAGAUCAUCAAAGAAGGCACCCGUCUCGAAUCGGACUCCGAUGCAUCAGAUCCCACAUACGUAACACAUGGAUUUCAUGAUGACCCCUACUGGGACACGUAUGCGUACAGAGUGAUCUUUUUUACAACCAUCUCCAUCGUCAUGGUAUUUGGUCCUGCUUUUGUGCACUACUUACCCGAUCCGACUGGAAGGGAAUGGGCGAGAAAAGAAGCACUGGUUGUCUUGGACGAGAGGAGAGCAGCAGGAGCACUGGUCAUCGACCCCAACUUCAUUGACCCCAGCAAACUGGUUCUACCCGAGGAGGACCCAGAGCCUCUCCGUACAGCAUAGAUUAAUCAUAGAGUGUGUUUAUUUGUGAAUUGUAGCAUUGGUGAUGUGGUGGAGAGGAGGGAGGGUUAGGGGUGUCCUUAACUGCUGCAUGUAUGAUACAAAGAAAUCCAGUGUUCGAGUUAUACCUGUGUAAUGGCCACUCAAAGUAAUCACGAUAGUGGUCUCGUAGA